GCCUGCCCAACUGAAAAUUUUCUGUCUCCGCCCCUGACUUCAUUAGUGUACCGGUACUUGAGAUUUUUCAGGUAGAAUUCUUGAGUGCUGUGUUUAUUUUUCUGGCGACUUUUACUUUUUAUUCUUCCUCCAUACAUUUGAAAACGGACAUUUGUAUUUUCUACUACUAGCACUCCAACUGAAUUAAAAAAAAUGUGGCUGCAAUGGUCCGCAAGAACACAAAACGUCAUUAAUUUAAAAAUAAGCACGAGUCAAUACAAGUAACGUUGUUUUUGUUGUCAUCAUAGCGCCAUCUGCUGAAUAUUUCCGGAGUAAAACUCGUCCCCUGUCCCCCGUGGAGCAACAGCCCGGUCGCCAUGACGUCAUUGCUACUCACAGCAUGUUUAUGUGCUCUGUGUUUCGCGCACACGCCACCCUAAUCCAAAAUACAUCAUCACUUUUGGCCUCUAAUGAUGUCGAACGCAAGGGGCGGCGUCAGGAUGCAUGAAUUGCACGAUAGCAUUUGGUUUGGUUAGCAUGUGAUAGCAUUCGGCGUGUUCCAAUUUCACCGGAAGUCAAAGAGCGCCCGUGACAGCUCAUGCCUGGCGAAAAGCCUAAUGUUGGCGGGGUGGUGGGGCCCAAAAGAUCCCUGUAUGCACUUCCUUCGCUCACAGGCGCGAAUAACCACGAUCCGACAAAAUACAAAGCACCAAGUUACACUUUUGGCAAAACCUGUCACACGAGCAAACAACAAAUCUCACCUGGACCUGCCCACUUUAUCCCCUCCAACAUCACUAAAACUGGCCGUGAUGGAACACCGGCAUUUUCAUUUGGCAGACGCCGGAAGGAGCGGGCGCGAGAGGAAAUCCCUGCACCCAACUGCUACCACAUUGCAAAUGCAGAGAAGGUCACGUUUCGUUCCUCUCCUGCUUACACGUUGUCUACAAGGUGGAAACAAGCCGUGCCAAGCUACCAGACCACACCUGGUCCAGCAUCCAACAUGUUGCCUCCUGUUCUGGGAUCCAAAACUGUGAACAUACCUGCAGUGCCUUCACACACAAUCUGUGGUCGCAGCAAAAUUGGCAACUUUUUUAAUGAUUUGGCACAGACUCCGGGCCCUGCAGCCUAUCAAGCUGUGGACCCCAAAACUUACCUAAGGAAAUCUCCUGAGUUCAGCAUGCCAGCCCGCAACUUCCUACCUACAAGCUUUACAAAGACACCAGCACCUGGAGUCUACUGCCCUGAGAAGGUCACAACCUCACAUGUAAAAGCCCCAUCCUUCAGCUUUGGAAGACAUCAUUCGGAAAACACCCUAAUCCCCCUUACGGACUUGGAUCGUUCUCAACGCUCAUUAACACUUAUUUAACUUCACGCUGAUCAAAGGGGUAAAAUACAUCUUUUGGGAAUGAAAAGGAGGGGCCAAUUGAAAGACAAAGAAUGCACCUUCCACUUGAGAGCAGCCAUUACCAAACACUUUAUGCCACACACACUGUCUCAACAUCCUCAUAGGGAUGGCACACCCUCAGAAACAG